GUCGGCCAUUCUGCUGUUAGGAGCUGUUUCGAAUCGAUCGAAAUUUUCCUGAGUCUUUCCGUUUAUCAUAAUCAUCCGUUCAUCGUCUUUUCUUCAAGCUGCUAAAGAAUUUGUUGCCACGGAAACGGAUUCGUUCAUCUAAAUCUGCAAGAAAUUUGAUUGAAAAGUUCUGAAGUACUCACCAUAUAGUCUGGGCAUCCUUAAAUUUUCUUCUGCCGUGAGAGGUUCUUCAGUGGUCAGAAGUUCCACCCGGAGGAUGACCUCAUGCGAGCCGAAGGGACUCGAUGAGACCAGAAUGUUCAGAUAUCUAACACUGGGACAAAUGUUUCAAUAAAAAUGUUCAUCUUUGACAUGUUCAUAUAAAGAGUGGAAAAUCAUGCUAUUCGUUCCUCUAUUAAUUUUUCUUUCCUUUUCUUGGAAGAGGUGGUGAAAUACUAACCGGACAACUUUCUUAAUUCCAUUUCUGAAAAUUUAAGAUAAUAAAACCAAGUCUUUUGAAAGAAAUCUGCCAUGGAAUUAACAAAAGUUUCCAGUCUCAAAGAAAUUACUUUACUGAACAUUGCAGUCUCAGUAUGCAAAAAAUUGAACAAAUGUAUGCCAAACACACCUGACAAGACCGUAAGCAUGUUUGCGGUCUAUCAUCAUUGGAAGUUUUUCCAUUGUGGCGUUUGUUACAACGAGAUUAAAGAAAUCGCUUCACUUUUACAACUACCUACUCAAUUGGAACACCAGGUGGCAGCACUCUGCAAACAUGUAUACCUUCAAAUGUGUAUGUGGAAUGGAAGUUUUGUGAAAUUCCACAGCAUAUUGAUACCCGACCAAAUGCCGAGAUGCACUUGUCUGGACGCAGUUGAUUUCCGUCAAUAUUACCAAUGGAAACACACCGGAGUUAUCGAUGGAAAAAAGACAAUAGAGAUUCUAGUUCAAGAUGAAGGCUUAAAUUUAGAUGACCAUUUUCGUUUCGUGUUGGCCUGCUAUUUCUGUUUGGAAAAUGACGUCAUCGCCCUUUGGGAAAAGAUGCCAGAAUCAACUAAACGUUACAUUCGCUUGGACACAUGUGUGUCGCUGCCAUUAAUUUCUUUUUGGCUUAAGUGGCUGGACAAUACAAUUACAAAUGACGAUGUAAUGUCCGUAAUGCGAAUAUUCUCUAGACAAUACGAAGUGUUCGAUCGCAUACUUUGUAACGUAUCAUUAUUUCAAUACUUUUUAAAGAAUUAUUUCUUUAACCAGCGAAAACUUUUUUUAAGUUCCAUCUCUCAUUCUCUGCCCAAUUGUCCUGAAACCACUAGAUUCUGCUUACUCGAAAUGGAUGAGAGAGAUAAGAGGAAUUUAUUUGAAAAUAGCGGAGACGAGAUUCUUCUCAGUUUGUUGGACUGGCCCAUGCAAAAGCAUUUCAUGAAAUUUGCGCAUGUCUUGUUUCCCUUCCUUCGAGAAAAACAGUACUAUUCUGUAAUGUUAGGGCUUUGGUUUAAAAUAAUAUUUAAGUGGCGCGAUUUUGACUAUGUAGGGCUGCUAAUAGAAUUUUGGAGCCAAAGUCCUAUGUAUUUAAAAGAAGAUAUGAAAAGUGGUGAUAACAUACAUUUAAUGAAAUACCUUAGAGAAUAUUUAAAGAGGAAUUAUAAUUUUCUUGAUUUCACUGAAGAUUUUAAUCAGUUUAUCGAAUAAAAACCUCUCGAAUAUGAUUUUCAGUACACUCCCAAAUAUCCGGUUUGCGACUAUCCGGCCUAGUUUUCUUAUAUCGUAAUUAAAUGAGAAAAGCAAGGCGUGUAUUAAGGACUUUUUGAAAACCUAAAAGCUGUAAGUUAAUCUUAGGGUUACUUUUCAUAUCUGUUCAAACAUUUAUCAGUGAAAAAUAAAAUCAGUUUGAGUCAAUUUUCUUAAGAAUGAGGCCUACGAUUUACGUUAAUGUUUUGUUUAUGUUUCCUGCGUUUAAGAUAGGCAUCACAGAAUUUAUGUUAAUAUUGUGAACAAUUAAUAUUUUUUAACUUACUUUUUCCCUAAUAAAAUCUUGAACUGUACAGUGCAAUAUACAAACAUAUAUAAACUAUCAGUACAGAGCCUUCUAUUUUAACUCAACACGUUACCGGCAACUGCUUCUGUGAUUCAAUGGGCCGCGACCGCGUUCACUUUUUACUUGACUUGAGAUAAAUGAAGGGUUUAGUACUCAAUAAGAAAUGAGAAAAUACGUAUUAUAAUGGUGAGUUUUGGUAUAAAAAUGUUGUCUUCUGGUAUCGGUGGGCAAAUAAAUGAGUUCAUAGAACACCGGCCUAUGCGGAUGUUUUAUUAUCCGGCCUGCCCUUCCGCCACAUUAGGCCGGAUUCUCGGGAGUGUACUGUGCAUGAAAAUUUACAAAUUUUUGAUAUAAAUUCUUUCAGUGUUUUCUGUGAGCCUUUAAAACAGAAAAAAAACCCGAACAUUUAUG